UCUAUAUAAAUUUGGUAGACGCAUAACGUACUGUAUCAAGUUCUAGGUAUUUAUACGGUAUAUGAAUACCCGCUGAAAGAAAGCUUAACUUUAACCCCACUACACCUCCCCUCCUAGAUGUUGGUCCGUGCGUAUCGCUAUCGGCUGAUAAAAUUUUAGGAAAGUUCCAUAUCCCCAAAUUUAUACAGACUCUAAUAUCAAGUAUCAAGAUACCCUCAACAACUACUUCCACCACCAUCUUGAAUACGUUUGUCACCAUUCAGACUAAACAAGAUGUUGUCUCUAAGAACUGUUGCGCGAUCUGCGCCCCGAACUCUUAACCGUCUAAGUUCCACCGCGCUCCGUCAAUCUAGAGUAGCUCGACCGAGCUCUCUGUUGAAGUCGUCAUGGGCACCUCUCAGAUCGUCGCAGUUCGCAUCAGCCUUCUCGACAUCUCAAUUCAGACAAGCUGCCUCCGAGGUUGACGAAGAACUGUCCGUCAAGCUCGACAGCGAAAUUCAAUUCGAGGGUUCGAUGAAGGAGGUCGACCAGCUCCCCGCCAGCGUCAAGGACUUCCUCGAGAACAGCCCUUUCGAGCUCAAGGACGAGCCCGGCAAGGAAGAUGUCACCCUAACACGAAAAUUCAACAACGAAACCAUCACCGUCACCUUCUCUAUCUCUGAUCUCACUAACUACGAGAAUGAAGACCUCUACAACGAAGACGCUCUUGGUGAGGACGAAUUCGAAUCCGAGGGAGGCAAUCGCCAGGCGCGACAGGAGACCGACGAGCUACUCGAAGACGAGGAAGAGGAGGGCAACGAGGCGCCGGUGCCGUGCCGGUUGAACGUGGUGGUAGAGAAGCCGGGCAAGGGCGCGCUCAACAUCGAGGCGCUAGCUCAGGACGGACAGGUCAUGGUGGAGAACUUCUACUACUUCAAGGACGCGAAGCUGGCGCACGGCGACACAGCUGAGAUCGCACACAUCGCCCAGGACGUCUACCCCGGCCCACCCUUCGGCACCCUCGACGAGGACCUCCAGCUCCUCAUGGAGCGCUACCUCGAGGAGCGCGGCGUCACCCAGGCCCUCGCCGUCUUCAUCCCCGACUACAUGGACGUCAAGGAGCAGCGCGAGUACCAGGCCUGGUUGAAGCAGGUCAAGGGCUUCAUCGAUGCUUAGAGAGAUCUUUCUUUUUCUUCUUCUUCGGUGUCCGCGGGGAUAUAGGAAGGAGGACAGGAGGGGUUAAGGUCUCGGGUCGAAUGAUGGACGAAUGGGGAUUAAGGAGGUAGAGAUAAUAAAUCCUCCCAUGAUGUAUUAUGAGGAAUCAUUUGUCCCGAUGUAACUUUUUCCACACUCCGCAUGUACAA